CCCAGACCAAGAUAGAGGGGAUCGGAAGGAGUGAGAGAGUGAGUGAGAAAGAAAGAACGAGGAAAAGAGAGAGUGUGUAUGCACCGGGGGGAGAGAGAGAGGGAGAGAGAGAGAGAGAGAAACAGACAGUGACAUAAGUUUGUAGGAUAGCAAAUAGGAUAGGUAUUGAGUGAGAGAGGGAAAAAACGAAUUCAUUUAAUUGCUGCGCAGAAGGAAGACAAGAUUUACCCAUACAUUGUUUUCUUGGAGCUGUUAGAAUAAAGAGAGGGACGCGGCGUUAUUGAAUCACACUGAUCUGAUGAUCAUGACGGCAGCUGUCGAUAUGAAACCGACAUUAACAAUCAUAAAGGCUGAAAAAAUGGACGAUCUGGAGUGUGGAGAUGUGCCUCUGCUCACUCCAGGAAGUAAAGAGAUGAUGUCCCAGGCCCUAAAGGCUACCUUCAGUGGCUUCACAAAGGAACAGCAGCGGCUGGGUAUUCCCAAAGAUCCCAGACAGUGGACAGAAAGCCAUGUGGCUGAGUGGCUAACGUGGACAGUGAAUGAGUUCAGUUUGAAGAACGUGGACUUCCAUAAAUUCUGCAUGAAUGGGGCCAAUCUGUGCGCGCUGGGGAAGGAGCGCUUCCUGGACUUAGCACCUGACUUUGUGGGUGACAUCCUUUGGGAACAUUUAGAGAUGCUUCAGAAAGAAGACACAAAGCAUUACCCCGUCAAUGGACUAACCUCCAACUUCCAGGAAUCCCGUUAUACCUCAGACUACUUUGUCAGCUAUGGCAUUGAGCAUGCUCAGUGUGUCCCUCCAUCUGAAUACUCAGAGCCCGGCUUCAUCACAGAGUCUUACCAGACGCUUCACCCCAUCAGCUCAGAGGAUUUGCUGACACUUAAAUAUGAGAGUGAAUACCCUAAUGUCAUCCUGCGGGACACACCCCUCAACCCCCUGCAGGGAGACUACUUCUCUGUCAAGCAGGAAGUGGUGUCCCAUGACAACAUGUGUGUGGGACGCAUCAGCCGAGGAAAACUGGGUGGCCAGGACUCCUUUGAGAGCAUUGAGAGCUUUGAGAGCUGUGACCGGCUGACUCAGUCUUGGAGCAGCCAGUCCUCAUUCAGCAGCCUACAGCGGGUACCCUCUUAUGAUAGCUUCGACUCCGAGGACUACCCCAGUGCCCUGCAUGGCCACAAGCCCAAGGGCACCUUCAAAGACUACGUGAGGGAGCGCUCAGACCUCAGCAAGGACAAACCUGUCAUCCCAGCUGCUGCGCUCGCCGGAUACACAGGCAGCGGCCCCAUCCAGCUGUGGCAGUUCCUUCUGGAACUCCUGACUGACAAGUCCUGCCAGUCCUUCAUCAGCUGGACAGGCGACGGUUGGGAGUUCAAGCUUUCUGACCCAGAUGAGGUUGCCCGGAGGUGGGGCAAAAGGAAAAACAAGCCCAAGAUGAACUAUGAGAAGCUAAGCCGUGGCCUGCGCUACUACUAUGACAAGAACAUCAUCCACAAGACAUCGGGGAAGCGUUACGUCUACCGCUUUGUCUGUGACUUGAAAAGCCUGCUGGGGUACACUCCUGAGGAGCUGCAUGCAAUGUUGGACGUUAAGCCUGAUACGGACGAGUGAAAACAGAAACGAGAAAGGAAGUGAGGACGAAAGUUAAGGAGCCGUGUGGACUGGGGCUCGUAAAGUGGUCUUAACUGUUGGUAGAGUGGGGGACCAUUUUUUUGGGGGACCAAAACAUUUUUAAUGACUAACUGUGGUCUUUGUCAUUUUUGAGCUCUUGCCUGUCAGACUGUGUUUUAAAAGAAGACACAUGCCUAAAGUGUGUAUCAUACUCUGUUGUAUUGGAGGUGGAUGUGUGUGUACGUGUGUGUGUGUGUGUGUGUGUGUGUGUGUGUAUGGGAGUGUUAUAUAUACAGGUAUUACUUAGCAGCUCAAGGCAGACAGAGCGCUAUCUGGUAGAGUACAGGUUCCAUUCUGUCUAAGUAGCAUAGGGGGAGGGAUGGACGCCGAGACGAAUGGUAUGAGCGAACAGAGAGAGAAAGAGGAAAAUAGAGUGAUUCAUUGUAGGGUGAACAGAGAAUGAGCGGAAAGUUGUAGAAAUGAAAACUGUUGCCAAAAUAUUAAAAAAAAUGAACUGUGGAGGAUAUCAUGUCAUACUUACAUGCUCAAUGUUUCUCUGCCUUGCUGCACACAUUAGGCAAUGGUAGAAGUCUCAGCUUGGACCAAAAAUUAUUGUUGAUGUUUUUUUUUUUUUUCUUUUCUUUUUAAAUCUGUUAUCUGAGAAGCAUAUGCUUGUGCCAGUAUUAUAUUGUCAUUGUUGAAAACUCCAGUGUAAGCCUAAAGGGCAUACAGUGGAAAGAUCAGCUUUGGUGUUCUUUUUUUUUUUUUUUUUUUUUUUUUUUCAUUUGUUUGUUUGUUUUGUCAUGAAUGAAGGUAUUGAAGGUGAAACCAAAAGUUAAAUGCUUUAAGUUCAUCUGUUCUCCUCGGUUAACCUUUAACUGAAAUUUGCUGAUUUGGUUAUCAAACAACACUAUAGACACUGGCCAUGCACUCGUAGGCUUAGAGGACCUGUUACUUACUCAUACCAAUAGUGUCUGAGAGGCAGACAACUGAAAGUAGCCGUUGCUUUAGAAACUGACGCUUUCACCUUUGCGCACAUAUUUGCCAGCUUCUUAGAGACAUGUAUUGUGACUGAAACUGAUGCUUUUUUUAAUUUUUUUUUUUUGCAUACAUUACUUAACACCAGUAUUAGCAAAAUGUAGACAAUCUAUGUAGGGAAUUUCAGGAGUAUUUGGCAUGACUUAUCUGAUGUGCAGAUCAAAAAAAAAAAAGAAAAGUACAAUUUAUCACUUGAGGUGUGUCCCAACCGUUCUCUUUAGUUUGCUUUACAAGUGUUUGAAUAGUGUUCUGUCUGUUGUCCAUACAGUAAAAUCACAAGUGAAGUAGUUGAGGGACUGAUUUUACAUAUACAUAAGAAUGUCAUCAGAGAUUUAUCUUCAUUUGUUAUGCAGUACAUACUGGUUGGAGGAAGUUUGAAGGUACAGUUCAGGAAAAGGGAUAAAGAAUAGAAAGAAAUAGAAUUUAGAGAGAAACUAGAUGUGGUGCAGGUUGAGCUAAAGGAAUCUGUGGAUGCUGCAGGUAGAUGAUCGGCUGUGGCGUCCUGUCGAGUGACAGAAAACGAUACGUUUGUGAUUUUAGUGGCUUGUUGGUUUGCAGUACGUGGGUUUGGACAUUGAGGGUUUUAUUUGCCACCGCAAUCAGGGAUGCGUACAGCAUUCAUCUGCAACGUUGUCACAAAUGAAAAGACAUAACCAAACCUAGUAGUAGACAUCUGUAUUUACUUUUGUUAAGUUUGUACAUUACUUAUCUAUAGACAAGAUAAUGCUUGGUUCAUUGAGUGUAACGAGUAACUCAGAGUCUUAUGUAUGAUUCUACUCAUAUUUGUGCAGCUUGCUCAAAGUACAUAUAUAUAGAUUCACUGGUUAUAUUUUGAGCAAAAAUGGCAACAGUUUCCUCCCAAGUUAACAGUGGGAACAGUGGCUUUACACUGGCCUUAUGGGAAAAGCCAAAGUCAAGAAAUAUCAUCUUAGAAUACAAAUGUUAUUGUUUACAGUGGCUGAAUGUUACCCAUAUGGAUGAGAAUAGCUUUUGAAAUGUCUAUUUGUACAGAUUGUAUUUCAUAAUGCUUUAUUGAGACCCAGAUUAAACAAAUAAGCAAGAGACAAAGCAGGAAUAAUAACCAAAACCCAUGUGAGGUCUUCGGCCACGGUUCUUUGGGCACUGUCCACAACAUUGGAAGACAGGGACCAGAAUUCUCUCACAUUUUUUCUGUGGAAAGUGUUGACUUUGCUUUCAUCUUUUUGUUAAUAUGUUGGAAAGCACACAGCUUGAGGACAAAGAAACAUGCCUUUGCUGGCCCAAGUUUCCCACUCAUUGCAGAGAAGAGAUAUUGUACAUGUUCAUGAUGUUUAGUUGGUAACAUGCUUGGUCUGUUCAUCAUUAAGCAUUGACUUGCAAACCCACCUAUGCUGGUCAUCCUGCAUAGGGAACUGAAGGAUCUUCAGCCACUCAAUUAGUCUGUACUUCCACUUUUAUAUGCACAUUGAAGGCAAGGAUUCAAAACACUGUUUUGUUUUGUUUUGUUUUGUUUUUUGUAAUCUUCAGGUUAUUUUUUAUCAGAUGUUUUAAGAAUGUUUUAUGUUAGAGAAAGCUUCAAAGAUAUUCAGACAUAUUUGUAGUUCUCGACAGUUCCGCAGACGCCAGUUUUGUUUUUCUUUUUCUUUUUUUGGUUUUGUUUUUUCCAAAGGUCAAAAUGUUGUACUGUUGGCUUAAUGUGAUGAAAGUGAAACAUUCUGUAACCUAAACUGCUAAGAAUUUGAAAACAAGUUUUGACAGGAGAAAAAAAAGCUAGAGAUACUGAUACAUGUCAUAGAUUACUGUUUAUUGCAGGUCUUACUAGUGAACUUUACUUGGUCAAAUACAGUAUAUAACCACCGAUAGUUUGUGGCAUAUGCAUAUCUCAGAAUGGAUUCAGUAGGAAAACCGUUUUGUUUUGGAUGUUGUUUUUUUUUUUUUUUUUUUUGUAUAUUUUAUAGUGUCUCUGUAUUUUUGUUAAUGAGAUCAUUUUUAAUGUAUUUAGUUCACAAACAUUUGAAUAUUUUUCAAUAAUUUAUAUUUUAUAAAAGUCAAGAGACGCAGACAGCUGGUGCUUUCAUGGGAAUUAAAAAGGUAGCGCAGGACAAAAUAAAUGUAGCGAUUUUUUUCUUUUUUUAUAUAUAAAAAUAGAACUGUCUGCUAGAGGAAAAAAGGCUGAUGCUGGCCCAUCAAUGAUUUCUGCUGGAAAGUUUUAUAAACUGUAGCUUCUAUUUCUAAAAUGUACUUAAUGUACUUCAAAAUGUUAUGUUAUAAAAAUAUAUGUGAACAAAGA